GGAUAUAGUGAAGAGAUGAACAACUGUACCCUCUCUUACACUAACAAUUGCUCCCAUAUCAUCUCUCACACAAGAGAUUUCAAGCUGCAAAGUUAGCCUGGGCAGGAGCAGGAGCACAUUUUCAGUGCAAGAUAACAUUAGAGGAUGUUGAUACCAUUGGGGGUCACAUUCUGUAACCUCAAUUCAGGGAUUAAUCACAAGAAUCUUAAUGAAUAUCUCUCAAAGCCAAGGUACAAAACGAGGUCCCAUAUAGGAGUUCUCCUUACAAAACUCUCCAAAACAUCGACGACCCUUCUUCACAUGAAUGUUCGGAAGUCUUUCCAUAGAACCCAUAUAAAACUAAGAGACAAGCAAUGGUGUCAAUGUCAUUGGAAAGUCUCCAAUUGUAAAGCAAAGCACCUUGACUACACCAGUGAAGAGGAAAAAGAAGAGGAAGUUGGAAAAGCAACUUUGAUAUGGAGGGCAAUCAAACUGCCGAUAUACUCCGUCGCAUUAGUUCCACUAACUGUAGGAGGUGCAACUGCUUAUAUGCAAACUGGGAGAUUCUUAGCUUGGCGCUACCUCUAUCUGUUGGCCUUCUCGGUUCUUAUUAUUACUUGGCUCAACUUAAGCAACGAUGUUUAUGAUUUCGAUACAGGAGCAGAUAAGAAUAAGAAGGAAUCAGUGGUAAACAUGCUUGGCAGCCGUGCAGGGACCUUCAUUGCUGCCUACUUAUCGCUUGCCCUUGGCCUUAUGGGCUUGACUCAGGCAUCUGUACAGGCAGGAAAUUUGCAGUCCAUGUUAUUACUGAUCUGUGCAAUUAUCUGUGGUUAUAUAUACCAGUGUCCACCAUUCCGGCUGAGUUACCAAGGAUUGGGAGAACCUUUGUGCUUUGCAGCAUUUGGUCCUUUUGCAACCACUGCCUUUUACUUAUUGCUGGGGAGCACAAGUGAGAUCAACAAGCCUCCCAUAUCAUGCGCAAUUCUAUGUGCUUCAGUCCUGGUUGGCUUUACGACCACGCUAAUCCUCUUUUGUAGUCAUUUUCACCAGGUGGAAGAAGAUAUGGCUGUUGGAAAGCUAUCCCCUCUGGUUAGAUUGGGCACCAAAAGAGGUUCUGACGUGGUUAGAGUGGCGGUUAUGGCGCUUUACUCCCUUCUCUUUGCUUUUGGUCUAAGCAGAGCUCUUCCUGCUGCUUGCAUUCUUCUUUGUGCGCUGACUGCACCGAUUGGAAAACUUGUAGUAAGCUUUGUUCAAGAGAAUUACAAGGACAAAGGGAAAAUUUUCAUGGCUAAGUAUUACUGUGUGAGAUUGCAUGCCCUAUUUGGAGUUGCAUUGGCUACUGGUUUGGUUGUUACCAAGAGAUUUCUUCCAAGACUGAAAUUUUAAUAAAUGUUUGUCCAAAUGACUUGACAUUGUAAGAGUUAGUCAAGUAGAAGUCAGCUUAGAUUUGAUAUCUUGAAUCUGAUGCAACUCUGCAACAUGGUUUGUGCUCAUUUAAGCUUCAGUUACUGUGAAACCAUUUUUCCCUGCAAGGCCUGUAAAGUCAUGUUUAAUGGCUUUUAGGGAAACAGUAUUCUCACCCCCCAAAUUAUUAAUCUCACCCCCCAAUCAUAGAUUUU